UUUAGAAUCUCAGAAUCUCGACUUGCAUACCGAGUAUCCAUGACCUAUGCAACGUUGCCUAAUACAAUGAUCGUACAAAAAGCCCCUGUUGAGCAACACAAUGCAAGACUCCGGCGAAGACGUUGCGAGGGUCCAAGAUUCUAGGCAGCUGUCGCGUCUGAUUCGCCUUCCCCUCACAGCUGCCUUCGGCACAGCCACGAGAUCUGCCAGGAACCACAAUUCCGAACAUCUACAUAAGCAUCUACAACCCAACUUCAUUCCAUCGCCACUAUCCUCCAAAACACAGACAUAAUUGCUGAAUUCGUUAAAAUACCGAUCUCAAUAUGGUCUACCUCUGGGAGAACCUCCAAGACACCACCAGGCUCAACGCCUACCUCCUCAUCAACCUCUCCGACGACGAGCUCAAGUCGUUCAAGAAGGCCUUCGAAUUCGGCACCAUGGCGCCCUUCAGCACCAUGCUCGAGCUCGUGAUCCAGAAGCCGCCGGCGGACUACCUCGACAAACCACACUCCUACAUCCGCACGAAAGAAAACGAAGCCGGGCGCACAGGGCCCUUCAUCCUAAUCGACGAGCAGCUGCGGCUCAAGGGGGCGAUAUGGUACGUAGAGAGCUUCGCUCGCACAGACGAGGUCGAGGACGGCGAAGCAGAGUCAACGGAAGUACUAUGGAAGAUCCUGACCAAAACGGAGAGCGUGCCGAUCGCGAGCGUCAACUACGAGAUCGCGAACAUGAGCAUCACGGAGGACCUGUCGAACUUGGGCGUCGACUUCCCGGCGCCGGUGGACUUCGAGCAGCCCCAGGUCGCCGGCGCCAGCGAGCACGACCUGGACAUCCCCUCGUUCCGGUACGAGCAGACGGCGUACCUGACGGCGUACCCGGGGGAGUACGAGAUCAGCACGGACCCGGAGGUGCUCAAGAACUUCGCGCCCAUGCCGGAUAGGGUGUGUAGGUUGAAGGAGGACGUUGCUAAGCAAGUAGGGAUCAGGACUCCGACGGACUGGGCGUUUGUGAGCGCCGCGCAGCCGAGACAGCAGAAAGACGGCACGAUGAAGGAGUUUCCCGAGGGGAGCGUCGAUAUCCAACAUAAAUAUGACCCGGACUUCGCUUGGCCGCCGUACAAGUGGCCGGAAGGGUCGUUGUGAGGAGUGGCCACUGAUAUCGAGUUUAAAUAAGGCUUUGACAAUAGCUACAUAUCUGGAGAACUGGGACGUAUCAAUCUUAGGUUGCAUCACUAAAAUAAAAAGGGGGG